AUGCCGCCACCCGUGGGACCUCUCACACUCUACAUACCCGUCAUUUAUACUCAAGAAGAUGCCCCGAAGUACAACCGAAAGUCCCCUCCUUCGUCCAAUGCUGAGGAAGCCGAACCACUGCCACCUGUGUCCCUCCAGGAGGAAACACCCCUCGACAGAGCUGUCGGGUGUACAAACACGAACGUUGGUACCACUACUACCAUGGCCGAGACAAGAAGAAUGGAAAUGUGGAAGAGGCUACGCGUGGUGUCAGGCUGUACUGGUGGAGCUAGCCAUAUGUCCCGCAGCUUCUUCAGUGUAAUAGGCAGUCUUGUGCCCUCUGUCUGUUGUAUCCAAGAAGCGGAGAACGCCGUUGCCCGUUUGCCCAGGACACGACGCGCGAGCAGCUGGCCUCUGCAGACUCAAGACAACAUGUGCCUCAGCCUCUUGGAGGUCCACGAGCACCGACAGAGACUACUGGACAACACUCACCACUGGAGCUGCUGGCCUCUGCAGACUCAAGAGAACAUGUGCCUCAGCCUCGUGGAGGUCCACGAGCACCGACAGAGACUACUGGACAACACUCACCAUUGGUGGGUAUAA